AGCAGCAGCGAUCGUGCGCACGACCAGCCCGUACUGCGCCCCGCGCACGGAGACACGCCUGCUUGCUAUAAUUUACACCCCCCUCCACGAAACGACGCUCACGACUGCUAACGCUGCAUGAAACACCUCCGCCGGAAUCGCUCCAUAUCAGUCUCGACGCCUUCCGCCUCCGCCUCCACGAGCACGCCCGCGGUCUCCGCGCCCGCGCCCCUCUCGCCGCCCGCCGCGACCAAGGCCGCACACACCGCCGCCGAGAGGUCGCGGGGCUCGCAUGAUACGCCCCUGUACGCCCGUUUUACGACCACACGCCGCGCCCAUGACGGGUCCGGGCCCUCGCUCAAGCCGCUCGUCUCCGGGCCGCUCGCGCUCGCGUCCAAGAGACCUGCGCAGGUGCCCGUCCCGGUGCCUCGACCUAUCGAGCAGCAGAAGAGCUCCGACAGCCGGAAAGAGAGGGAGAGAAGGAGGGAUGAAGAGAAGUCUAGAGCGGGUACACCGUCAAAGAAUGAGGAGACCAAAGCACAGCCGACCAAUGUUGAUGAGAGAAAAGAAGACCCCAAGGUCGAGACCUCCAAGUCGAAGGGGGCGGACGACGAGGAUGCGGUCAAGCAGCAGGUGCGACGCAUGCCUAGCGACGGCACUGCACUCUCCGCAGGGAGCGCGGGUGCGAGCGCAGCGGGGCGGCACGGGACGCGCGUGGACGGCGAGCGCGUGCUGCUGCCCGCGCGCAAGGUGACGCAGAAGAGGGGUGGGGCGAGCAGUCCUUUUCCACAAGACGAGAAGUACGCGGAGCGGAGCACGGAGAGGGAGAAGAAGAGCGCAGAUCCGCCUUCUAGCCCCAGCAGAGACGUCGGCGGCGAGAGGCGGAAAGUGGAAGAGGUGCGUGCCGUCGGUGAACGCGUGCUUCUGCCUGCGCGCAAGGUGGCGCGCAAGCGCGUCGACGUCGAGGGCGCGAAGGACCCGGCGCUCGAAAGUUCGCGUAUAGACUCGGACGGCGUCAAGCACACAUCAUCGAAGGGCUCGACGCCGUCAUCGUCGGCCCGAGCUAAUGUCAAUGAGACGUCGAAGACGCGGACGGCUGCUGUCGAACAGGCGCAGGCGCAGGCGCGAGCGCGGGCCACCUCUCCGGAGCCUCAAGCAAGCUCAAGCUCACCUGUCGCGUUCCCGCCGGUGCCUGCGCCUUCUCCCGCCGGCCCCGGGGUUUCCGCGGCCGCCCCUGCCCAUUUUGCUGCGGUCGUCGUGGUGCGCAACAGCGGGAGCGAGGGCCAGUUCUCGACGCCGAAACGCGCGCGCAUGCACACGCUCGCGACGACGACGCCCGCGUCGCGCCCCUCCCCGGUUACUUCGGACCCGCGCGCACGUCCGGAGCCGUCGAAGUCGUCGGAGAGGCCGAAGCCGGCCGAGAAUGAACUUGUCGCUCCAGCUGCUCCUGCUGUGCCGAAGGUCGCCGAGCCGAGUCUGACAUCACAAACGACGACGAGCUCGGUCGCAGCAGCAGAGGGUCACGGUGCCCCUCCACGACGAAGAAAGUACUCACUGCGCGCUGCGUUCGGGCUGCCUGACCCGCCGCCCUCUGACACAAAAGCGAGCAUAGCGGCGAGUCCAAGUCAUGCCAAUACUGCCAAGCCCCCGACGCCCUCCCCCCAGCCUCCUUUGUCCGCCCCGUCACCCCCGCCCGACCGCGCGCGCACCCCCGCAUCCAACCCCGACCCCCCAGCGUCCCAGGAGACCGACUCGAGCAGCGAAGCCCCCUCGGGACUCGUCGACGUCCAUUCCAGCGCCGCUCCCCGCGAUCGACGCGCGCCUCCCAUCGAGCUGCUGCAGCUGCAGUCGCUCCAUCUCUCUGGCUUCAACUUUUCGCUCGAAGCGCUCUUGGCCGCCGACGGCGCCGAGCCCCCGCCCCCGCCCCCUGUCCCGCCGCUCCCGGCCGCGGUGAUUGAAGACGCGCCGCCUGCCCCGGCCGCUGUGAUUGACGUGCACCCGCCGAGCCCGGAGCCAUCAGGAAGCCGCACGGGUGACGUCGAGUCUUCCUCGUCCGAUCCUCCUGCCACCAGUCGCGAGGAACGCGCCACGGUGAAGCCGGCCGUAUCAUCGUCCGUCCAGCACGAGUCAAGACCUGUCGAGAAGGAGAGGUCUCCCACUGCAGUCACCUUCGACAUACCCCCACGACCCUCCCCGAGCCCCCUCCAACCGUCGUCCCACCAAUCUCACAGGCAGCCGCCACAGCAGGGACAGCAGAGACAGCAGCAGCAGGCGCAGAGAAGACAACAGGCACAGCAGCGACCAGCGCCAAAGGCGACAGCGGCGGUGACAGAGAGUUCGCGCUCGCAGAAGCUGCACAAGUACAUUCCCCGCACCAUCGAUCUCGAUCACAGCCUGCUCCCUCCCGAGUCGGACACCCGCUACCCUGUUACACGCAGACGCUCCCCCACCAGCCCUCCUCCCCCCUCCACCUCCCGCCCGGCUCCGUCUAAACCCAAAAAGCCAAGCAUGCCCCGCCAGAUGUCC